AUGUCACGUUAUUAUUACAAUAAAUUAUAUUUUCUUCCCAAAAGAGCAAUUUCAAUUAUUAAUAAUAGUUUUUUUAUUUAUUUAAAGGAAAAAUCAUAUCAAUCAUGCAAUAUUAUUUUGCAUGAUAAAAAUAUUUACAAAGAAAAAGUGUUAAGUUGUGUUUUACAUUUAAAUAAAUUAAGUCAUGCUAAUUGUCAAUGUUCAUUAUAUAAAUUUUUUAAUAAUAUAAUAUUAAAUGAAUCGUCAACAAGAAUCAGCCCACAGUUACCAUCGCUAAUAUCAUCAUCAUCAUUAUCAUUGUCAUGGAAUAAACAUUCAUCAAGAAAAAAAUGCAAUGAUCCAAAUAGCUUCAAAAAUCUAACUUUUGUUUUGGGUGGAAUAUCAUUAAUAAUUGCUAAUUGCAGUGAUAAUUUUUCACAAGAGAAACGAUUUUUUAGAGCAGCUCAAUACGGAAACAUAACUGAUUUAAAAAAGACGGUAGCUGAAGGAUUUGAUGUAAAUAGUAGACACGUUUUUGGGUGGACAGCGUUGCAGUGUGCAGCAAUAAAUGGUCAAGUUGAUGCUGUUAGAUUUUUAUUAAGUAAAGGUAGCGACGUCAAUGCGGGAGAUGAAUUUGUUAAUGUUUACAAAACAGCUAAAGAAAAAGGAGUUCAUUAUUUAGAUGUUUUAAUGAAUCGAGAAGACGAGUUUUCGGAUCGACUGAAUAAUAGAGCUUCAUUCAAAGGAUUUACAGCUCUACAUUAUGCUGUACUUGCUGAUUCUAUAUCAACAGUCAAAGUAUUAUUGGAUGCUGGGGCAGAUCCAACUAUUGAAAACGAUUCAGGACAUAGAGCUGAUGUUUAUGCAAGAAGUGUUGAAAUAAAAGAAUUACUAAUAGAGCAUGCUAAAAAAUAUGAUGAGAUAAUGAAAGCCAAAGAAGCGGAAGAACGACGAAGAUUUCCACUAGAGCAGAGAUUAAAGCAACAUAUUGUUGGUCAAGAGGGCCCUAUUUCCAUUGUUGCAUCUAGUAAAAUUUUUAAUCACAAUUUUUUAUUAAAGUUUUUAUUUAGUAAUGCAAUUAGACGAAAAGAAAAUGGUUGGAUUGAUGAACAACAUCCUUUGGUAUUUUUAUUUCUUGGUUCAUCUGGUAUCGGAAAAACCGAAUUAGCAAAACAAAUGGCUGCAUAUAUUCAUAAAAACAAACCAGAUGCAUUUAUAAGAUUAGAUAUGUCUGAGUAUCAAGAAAAACAUGAAGUGGCUAAAUUAAUUGGAGCUCCGCCUGGGUAUGUUGGCCAUGAUGACGGAGGUCAGUUGACUAAAUUAUUGAAAAAAAAUCCAAAUGCAGUAGUACUGUUUGAUGAAGUUGAUAAAGCUCAUCCUGAUGUUCUUACUGUUUUGUUGCAGUUAUUUGAUGAAGGUAGAUUAACUGACGGCAAAGGAAAAACAAUACAAUGUAAGGACGCUAUUUUUAUAAUGACAUCAAAUCUUGCCAGCGAAGAAAUAGCUCAACAUGCGAUACAGCUUAGAUCUGAAGCAGAGCGCAUUUUAAGUCACAGGCUUGAUCAAAAUUCCGAUCAAGAUCAACAGCCGGAGCAUAUUGUCAUUUCAAGAAAUUUUAAAGACCAAGUUGUACGCCCAAUACUAAAAGCUCAUUUUCGCCGAGAUGAAUUUUUGGGUAGAAUAAAUGAAAUUGUAUAUUUUUUACCAUUUUCUCACGCAGAGUUAAUUAAAUUGGUGGCUCGUGAAUUGGAGACUUGGGCUGAAAGAGCUAAAGAAAAGCAUAUGAUUGAAUUGAAAUGGGAUCGUGAAGUUCUUUCAGUGUUGGCUGAUGGGUAUGACGCACAUUAUGGUGCUCGUUCGAUUAAAUAUGAAGUUGAAAGGCGUGUUAUUAAUCAACUAGCAGCUGCACAUGAGCGUGGUCUAAUCGGAAAAAAAUGUUGCGUUAAAUUAAAGACCAAGUGGUAUGAAAAUGGUGCCAGUAUUACGCUAUCUGUACGACCUGCUGGUGUAGAAGAUUUUGUCGAUAUUAUCGAAACGGAUAAUCUUAUAAAAAACAAUAAUAAUAUUAAUAAGAAGAAUAAUAAUAAUAAUAAUAAUAAUAAUGAAAAUAACUUUUCAUGA